CCGCACUGGUGCUGACUGGGCACUGACACAAUCAGUUCGCCAGAAUGACGUGCCGAUAUGUUUUCUUUUAUUUAAUCGCCAAUUCUCAUCCUCGAUCAACGAUGUAAACGAUGUAGCCGUUUCGCUACACUCCGAUUCGCGCGAGUUUACUGUACAGAUUGAUUACCUUGCGAUUUCUAUCAUUUUAUACAUAGUACUUAUCAAGUAGCUGUGAUAACUUUAGUCGUAAGCCGAUUACGCAUCGUUCGCUGAGAGUGAAAUUAUGGCCGCGUCACAGGACCAUUCGCAUUCGUAUUAAUUCGCAUCAAUAAUGGUAGCUGCCGGAGCCACAGUUUUGAUGGCAGCUAGCGAGGAGAAUUCGUCAAACGAGACAGAAAGUACAGCACGCUCGAUAAACCACAGUACUUGCUCGCGUUACAGCGAGAUAGAGCGUUCUGGUCAAAGGAACCUUGACUCGAUCAAAGGAGAUGUAGCGACUUGUUCUUUGAAUAUCAAGUCUACUUAUAUUACAGUAGACAAGAAGCAACGCAGUCCGGCAGAAAAGAUUGGUAAAAUAAUACCUAAGGCUGAGCCAAAGGACAGCUCGAGGAAUUUUGCCACCUGCAAAACUGCUCAGAUUCGUGAGACCAGAACUUCUAGAUUACGAGCCGCUUCUAUAGUAUUACCCAAUGAUGUGACUUUAUCGUCUAAAAAAUUACUUGGAUCGGAGACUCCCGACUCUCAGCGGCACAAUUUCUCAUCAGCUAAGCAAAAAAAUUCCACGUCCCUCGAUGUCACCAUGAACUCUGUCAAGGAAAGAGACAAGACCUACAAACGUAAAUCUUAUUUGAAUAGAUCGCGUCAUGUGGACACAGCGCUUGUUGAUCAUUCAAGCGAGGUCGAGUCUAGCGAGAGACAUCCCAGAAGGCAAUAUAUUAAGCGGAGUCCAGUAUCCGAAACGGUGUCGAGUCCUGCUGAUUCCUGUCGUCAGCUGACCAAUUUGCGUAGAAAACAUAUCGAUUCGAAAGCUGCAACUCGGUAUAGCAUUACGAAAAAUCUUUCUAAAGUUUAUACCUCACCUACCGUCAUGCCUGCCGCAAAUGCAAAGCGUCCAAGUGUACAGCAAUCUAGUGGUGGUGCAGGCGAUUCGGAGGUUUCGCGCAAAGUGGACGAGUUAACGGCGCUGACGCGUGCCACCAUGGAACGUGUGGAAAGACUCGCGUCUGCGAAUCAGUCGGUUGACAACGCGCAUGUUGUCGCCGAGAAAGUGUCAAUGUCGCCGAAAAGGUGUGUCACACUCCGGCACACGCCAGUUUCAAUUCUGAAACAUAAAACUGUUGACGGCGAAGGAGGCGAACGCCAAGCGUCGUCUAGCGGCUCUCACGCGCCCUCGCCAGUUACCUUCUCGCCGUCCGUCACGGAAUCUGUUUCCCACAAGCGACACGGUAUUUUGAAAAAACGGAGCAGCUUGGACGAAAACGAGAUAUUACGCCGUCGUAGCUGUUCUCCCGAUGUUUCCUUCGCCGACAACGUUUACUCGGAAUUUCGGCCAAUCUUGAAAAAUCAAAGGCGUUCCUCACUGGAUGAAAUCGUCAAGAGAGAUCAGAGUCCCGAUCAACAACCUGCCUCCAUACUGAAACGCAAAUCGUCUAGGGAGGAUGACAGAGAGACUCAUCGGUUAUCACUGGGAUCUCCGGAACCGCAAAGCAUCCUGAAACGAAAACUCGCAAACAGCGUGCGCGCAAACAGCGUUACUCAUCACGUAACAAUUGCGUCGGACCUCGCGAGUACGGCGGUGAGUGGAAAUACGAUCGCCAACGCGAGCGCGAGCCUUGUGUCCGAAAGUCUCGAGGGGUCUGAAGUGAGACCGAUAUUGAAGAAAAAGUAUGGCAAGGAAGAACUCGUCGGGGGCGACGUCUUGUCCCUCGAGCCGAGGCCUAUACUCAAGAAGAAAUCGAGUACCGAGUCGGACGAACACGAGCAUGAUAGACCGAAGAAGACGAUCCUAAAGUCCUCGCGGAAGAAUUCAUACGAGGAGGCCGGUUACGAGACGGAGUCGACUUCUCCGAGAAAAUUGUCCGUAUUGAGGAAUCGAGCGAGCGAGCUCGAAAACGUGCGACCUAUAUUGAAACAGUCCAGCGGCAGCCGUUACUACGACGAUACCUCUGAUUUAACGGCGGACUCAUUUUUGCGAAAGAGAGCGCAGUCCGUUGGUCACGCGCGAUCCGCCAACAGUGACGACUCUGUCGAAUCGAGUCGCGUCUUAGCCAAGCGAAGAUCUCUCGAGUCCAGCUCGCCGAUCGACGUCUUGUAUACUCCGACGACCACACGACGCUGCUUUACGACCGAUCUUUCCUACGCAGCAAAUAGCUCCGGUGUAAUUAAAGAAAGUAAGCUAUUGUGCGAGGGAUCCGGUAAAAUCAAGCAAGUCAAUACAAACGGCGGUAUGGAGGAGAAGAAUAAGGUAGAUUCGCACAUACAUUUGAAGAAGAGCGGCGACGACGAUUGCGAUCGCGACGCGGUACAGGUUGUCACUCGCACGAUCGACAAGAAAGAAGCGGCGGCGGAUGAGGAGAGACGGCAGAGCGUUUACGAGGAUUACGCCGCUAUUUGUCGUAGCAACAGCGUAUCGAAAAUGACACAACAUUUCAAGGUUUUGCAAGAGAAGGCAAACGCCGCGAGCGCGGAAAACGGUUCUCAGCGCACGCCUCCGCAGAGAUUAUCGCGGGGAAUUCAACGUUAUCGCGAGCGCAAGGUACAGGGCGGCGACAGAUUCAACACCCAACCGGUGACUCUCGAGGAAGUGCGCGAGGCGGUCCUGCAGAAUCAGCGAAACGCCGCAACGUUGAGCAACGCGGCUACGACCGAUAACGAGCCCGAGCCGUCCAAGCUAAGCCUGGUUGAACGCGUGCGUCUUUUCGAUGAAAAGAUCGCGACUACCACGGAAAUCGCUGCGAGAAGCGCCGAAUACCACGAAAAGUUUAGUCAAAGUAGGCGACAAUCUACCCGCUACAAAACGCAACCCGUGACAUCCGAAGAGGUUCAAGUGGCGUCCCGGAUAUCACCGUUGAAUCACCAGGUUCAAGCUUUGGUCGAGGGACGCUCGAAAGAAUGCCAACGAUCGCUUCACUCGCCACCGCUUGCAGCAGCGCUUCAGCAUGACGUACCAAAAAGUAUUUUAAAGUCAUCCAGCGGUUACACGCAAAAUCUCUCGCGUGCCAAAAGCCCGGAACUCCAAGGUAUGAAAUUGAUCAAGUCUGUGCUCAAGAAAGAAUCCGAAGAAUCGGAGCAAGCGACGAUAUUGCCGAGUUCUGAGAUAUAUCCGCGUUCCAUUCUAAAAAGUAAUUCUUACUCGAGGCCCAUUCAGACAACGAGCGUAGCUGACGCAGUGAUAUCGAGAAGCGAACGAGGCUUGUGUAGCGUCGAGAGUGAAAACUCGGCUAGCGAGACUGCUAAAUUCCGCGAGAAAUUAGAUUGUUUCGAUGUAGCGACUAAUCAUAAUACGGCGCGAACCAACGUUUCUAAGCAAGCCGAUAACACGGAAAACGAAGCCGCAGUGCCUUCUCAUAGAGCUGCAUUAUUUCGGAAUGAUGAAAUUGUCUUACCGGCCGACGUGGGUAGCUGCACAAUUGACACAAUAUCGAGUAGUGGAGUAUCUGAGAGACGCAGCAGCAACGAAGGGCGCGACGGUUCGACGUUGGUGGGAUCGGGCAGAUCCAAUCCUAAAGCCCAAAGGGUGUUGGAUAUCGACGGCGACAAUAACGACGAUGACAAUAAGGAUGAGAAAAAGGACGACAACGACAUGACGCGCGAUGAAAAAUUGACCAGUGUCGCACAAUGUCCCGUUAAUUUGUUGGCCAAGAGUGUCAGCCAGCACUCUCUAGGUGAUGAGAGAUGGAAGCAACGCGGUCUGCCGCUACCUGGACUGUGUCGAAGCGCGACGCAGGUAGUAUCGUCGAUAGAAACGAGCGAGACGCCGAGCGUGAGUAUCGCCGAUCGGUUGGCCGCGUUGCGUCACAACGGUAACACCAACUGGAAACGACGUGUGCUCGGUGCCAGAGUUGACGAAUCCUGCGACGACUCGCCACUCAGCUUCGAAGAGAGCACGGUCAAAUCGGGCGUGCUGGCCGACUGCAUCGAGAAGCUGGGAUCUGCCGCGGAAAACUGGAAGAACAGAAUCGCAACACCUGACGCGGUCAACUUUACUGUUGCCGGCAAAAUGAAAGCAGCUCCGUCGAAGGAUGCCAGUUCGCCGUUCCUCACGGAGGCCGCGGCCAAUACUUCUAAUCAGAAGAAGAGAGUACCGCGUCCGCAAUGGUUCAAAAUCAGGGAAGACGGAGAGUGUAACAGUGGCGCGAUAUCAACCCCUACCAGCCCGUGCAAAGAUUCAGCUUCCGCCACGCGCACAAGUUUUUCUGAACCUGUUAGCGAUGACAGCGGUGAAGAAUGUAAAACGGAGCAUGCCUCAUCGCCGAGUGUUUCAGUACCUAAAAUGGAUGAUGAAACGUUCACCUCUUUCUUUAGUGGCAUGUCGUUGGAAAAAUGCGAGACCGAAUGUCUUGCCUUGGAUGAAACUGACUUUGAUAUAAUCACACCACAAUCCGAAUUAUUAGUACAAAAGCGGAAUAUACGAGCGCAACGUCGACGAGCCGCCUCGAAAAAUCCUCUUAAAGUUCUCGCGGCACGGACUGAUUUGAAAUCGGAAUAUACCGAAAUUCGCACGACUAUAUCUAUGAGAACGACAAACGACUCAAGUAGUAUAAGAAAAGUCGUCAAGAGCUCAUCUUUUGCUGUCGAGGCUCUCGCCGGAUUGGCUUCUACUGAAGAUUUCAGUACAGUGACUCUGAGAAAUGUGUCGGAAACAAGCGUGUCCACGAACAAGUUGCAACCGUAUAAAGACAUAAUGUUGAUAUUGAUUAAAGGAAGACGGCACGUGCAAGCUAGAUUGAUCGAACCUGUCGCCGAGAGUAUCAAUAAUGGUGAUAGUUACAUCUUGGUCACAAAAUCAGAGGUUUUCAACUAUAUAGGGAAAUAUAGCAAUGUUAUCGAGAAAACUCGCGCCGCUGAGAUUGCAUCGAGUAUUCAACAACAAAAGGAUCUAGGCUGUCAAGCGGUCCAAGUAAUUACUAUAAAUGACGAUAAACUCACUUGCUCGAGGAAUCAAGUUGACAAAUUUUGGAGUUAUCUUGGAGUAGUUGACAGCGAAAAGCUAAACACGUGUGUCACUGCAGUUGUCGAGGCUGGCCAUCCUGACGAAGAUGAACUGUACGAAUCUGCCAUUAUCGAUACAAAUAUGGUGUACGAAUUGAAAGAUGAACAAUUAGUGUCGCACGAAAAAUUCUGGGGUACGCUUCCAAAGAUAGAGAUGCUCGAUAAGAACAAGAUUCUGGUGUUCGAUUUCGGCACCGAGAUGUACAUCUGGAGCGGUAAAGAAAUUUCGGCGGACAAGAAGAAACUCGCUACGCGGUUGGCCACAGAAAUGUGGAACAAUGGAUACGAUUAUAGCGAGUGUACCGUUUGCCCGAUUAGUGCGACCCGUAUGAUUGGUAAUCAGAAGAGUGAUUCGCGCACAAAUCCGCCCGCGAAAAUGGCCAAAAGCAGGCCAAAAUGGUGUUUACUUGCCAAGCUGACGCAACACGUCGAAACGAUACUAUUCCGGGAGAAAUUCCUCGACUGGCCUAACGUUACCGGUGCGGUAAAGACGCGAGGCCGAAACGAUAAUACGCGGCAAAUCGACAGUACCAUAACUGUGCAUUUGGAUGAAAAGGACGAUAUGUGGCUACCAAGCUCCACUUGGGUCGAUUUUAUUCUGGAGGGCUGUCACUUGGGCAGAGGCACUGGUCAUUACGACAACGAAUUGAAGAAGGAGUAUGUCGUUGCUACAACAAGUGUUAUGGUGUGGCAUAUCGAUGAAUUCUCACAUACGCUUUUGGAUGGAUCAUCUAUUGGUCAAUUUUAUUCUGGUGACAGUUAUAUCGUUCAAUGGACGUAUUCCGUCACAAUUACUGGCAGAGAACUCAGUGGUUUGCCGUCUAAGCACUCGGCAAAAGGUCGCGAUAGAUUUGUAUAUUUUAUUUGGCAAGGUCGAAACGCAUCCUUGAAUGAACGAGGUGCUGCGGCAUUACUGACGGUUGAGUUAGACAGCGAUCGAGGUCCUCAAAUUCAUGUUGUUCAAGGCCACGAACCAGCUGCAUUCUUAAAUUUAUUCUCUGGCAGGAUGGUGGUACACAGUGGCAAGAAGUCUGAGAAAAAAUGUGAGAAACGAUGGAGAUUGUACAUUUGUCGAGGGACUUUAGAGACUGAGACUUUCUUGAUCGAGAUCCCUUGUAGUACUCGACAAUUAAGAAGUAGAAGUUCCUUCAUAUUACUAGACACGGAAAAUGCAAAACUAUAUAUCUGGCAUGGGAACAAUUCGUUGCGCCAUAUUAGAGAAAAUACGAUAAAAGCUGCAAAUAAAUUGAAAGAAAAUCGACCGGAAGAAGCUGGAUUAUCGAACAAGAGUAACGUAGAAAUAUGCCAAGUGGAAGAGAGUAGGGAACCUGAGGGAUUUAGUAAAGCAUUAGGUGGCAUAAAUAAGAAAUUGUAUUGGUCGUUGGAAACAGCUGAAAUACAAGAUCAUACUCCAAAGCUUUAUCAUUUAUCCAGUAUUUCUAAAAAAUUUCGUGCAACGGAAAUACUUUGUCCAUAUCGUGCGGACCUCACAACACCGUUCCCUUUCUCACAAGAUGAUUUGUAUCAAGCAAACCAGCCAGCUUUAUUUUUAUUGGAUGAUAAGAAUACGAUUUGGAUCUGGCAAGGAUGGUGGCCUGACAGCGGAACGGAAGAUCAGUCUGGAAGCAAAACUGUCCGAUGGCAGGCAGAGAGAAGAGCGGCGAUGACGACAGCCAUACGAUAUUGGCGAAAGACUCGAAACGCACAAACAACGAAUCUUCCAAUAUAUUUAAUAUGGGCAGGUUUAGAACCGUUGCAAUUUAUAAAUCUUUUCCCAGAAUGGACGUAUCGGGAUGAUGUCGCUGAACUAAACAUAGAGGAUGGCCGGAAUCCGGGAGAAAUAUUAACUGCGGAAAAUGAAUUGGCUCGCCUGACGCAAAGUACAUAUCCUCCUGCACAGCUGUUACAGAGACCUUUACCCGACGGAGUCGAUCCAACGCGCCUAGAGUUGUAUUUAUCUCAACAACACUUUCGAGAACUCCUGGGAAUGAGCAAGAAAGAAUUUCAACAACUCCCAGUCUGGAAGCAAGUAAAUCUCAAGAAAGAUAUAGGAUUGUUCUGAUGGAUCGUUUCGGCUGCGAUUAGCAGUAGCUGUCUUUGUCUUUGUUUGUUAAUUGUUUCACAAUAUCUGUUAACUUGAGAGUCAGAAGAAAUGUCUAAACGUAUUUUUCUCGCAACUUUUCGUGUCUAUAGAGAGAAAGAAUGAAACAUUUCGAGAAACACUGAGAUAUUCGGCAAGCGUAUUGUCGAUGAUAUAUCUCUGAUAAUUAAUGCAAUCCGAGGUAUAUUGUCAAUGCUAUUUGAAUUAUAACAUAUGUAUAAUGAUAUAUAAUAGGCGUAUGUGAACACAGAAUAUAUAUUUUUAAUACGUGCUACAUGCGAAAUCUGCUUGCAAACAUUUUCUUUAUAACAUAUUUGUAUAAUGUUUAUAUAUUGCGAGUGAAUGGUCACUGUUUUCGCCUUAUUCGUGUAAUAUCUGUAUGUAUAAGAGUUUCUAUAAUUUACAAUAUAUUAUGCAUUUUUAAAUAGUA